UCACAUGAGGGCGACACUAUCAUCUUUGUCAGUGAACAAAAUGGCGUCUUACUGUUUGACUGUCACUAGGCUGCGGCUGGCCCUUGGAACCGGGGCAAGGCGUUUUCAUGUCUCCGCAGCAUUCAGCGCCAAGGCCAAGGUGUCUAUGAGCCGCUUUGAGCCUGACACCAGCAUUAACUAUGAGAAGAUGCACGAGAACAUCAACAUUGUGCGCAGCAGGCUCGGCAGGCCUCUCACUCUGUCGGAGAAGAUUGUGUACGGUCACCUGGACGAUCCAGCAGGGCAGGAUAUCGAGCGCGGCCGCACCUAUCUGCGCCUGCGUCCAGACCGCGUGGCUAUGCAGGAUGCUACAGCUCAGAUGGCAAUGCUUCAGUUCAUCAGCAGUGGUCUGCCCAAGGUGGCGGUCCCCUCCACCAUCCACUGUGAUCAUCUGAUUGAGGCUCAGAUCGGAGGGACGGAGGACCUACAGAGGGCUAAGGAAGUAAACGAGGAGGUGUACAACUUUCUUGCAACUGCUGGGGCUAAAUAUGGAGUUGGCUUCUGGAAACCCGGAUCAGGGAUCAUCCAUCAGAUCAUCCUGGAGAAUUAUGCCUAUCCUGGAGUGAUGCUGAUUGGUACAGACUCCCACACUCCCAAUGGCGGUGGCCUGGGGGCCAUCUGUAUUGGAGUGGGCGGAGCUGAUGCUGUGGAUGUCAUGGCUGGAAUCCCUUGGGAGCUCAAGUGUCCUAAAGUGAUUGGAGUGAAGCUGACCGGAACCUUGUCUGGCUGGACCUCUCCAAAGGAUGUCAUCCUGAAGGUGGCCGGCAUCCUGACUGUGAAGGGUGGCACUGGAGCCAUUGUGGAGUAUCAUGGACCUGGAGUUGACUCCAUCUCCUGCACUGGAAUGGCCACUAUCUGUAACAUGGGUGCUGAGAUUGGAGCCACCACGUCCGUUUUCCCCUACAACCACCGCAUGAAGACGUACAUGGAGAAAACUGGCCGUGGAGAGAUUGCCUCUGUGGCUGAUCAGUUCAAAGAGGACUUGGUCCCAGAUAAUGGCUGUGAAUACGACCAGGUUGUAGAGAUUAACCUGAGCGAGUUGAAGCCCCACAUCAACGGGCCGUUCACCCCCGACCUGGCCCACCCUGUGUCUGAGAUCGGGGCUACGGCUAAGAAGAGCGGCUGGCCCCUGGAGGUUAAAGUUGGUCUGAUCGGCAGCUGCACCAACUCGAGCUACGAGGACAUGGGCAGGGCGGCCUCUCUGGCCAAGCAGGCUCUGGAUAAAGGUCUCAAGUGCAAGGCCCAGUUCACAGUCACCCCUGGUUCUGAGCAGAUCCGCGCCACUAUCGAGAGAGAUGGAUAUACCAAGAUCCUGAGUGAUGUUGGUGGUGUCGUACUCGCCAAUGCUUGUGGCCCCUGCAUCGGACAGUGGGACAGGAAGGAUGUAAAAAAAGGAGAGAAGAAUACUAUUGUUACAUCCUACAACAGGAACUUCACUGCCAGGAAUGAUGCUAACCCAGCUACUCAUGCGUUUGUCACCUCUCCUGAGAUUGUCACUGCCAUGGCAAUCGCCGGGACACUGGACUUUAACCCAGAGACCGACUACCUGACGGCUGCUAACGGAGAGAAGUUCAAGCUGGAACCCCCCACCGGUGACGAGCUCCCCUCCAGAGACUUUGACCCGGGCCAGGACACCUACCAGCACCCCCCGGCUGAGAGCAGCGCAGUACAGGUGCAAGUGAGCCCCACCAGCAACCGUCUGCAGCUGCUGGAGCCCUUUGACAAGUGGCAUGGAAAAGACAUGGAGGACAUGAGGGUCCUCAUCAAGGUGAAGGGAAAGUGCACCACCGACCACAUCAGUGCUGCCGGGCCCUGGCUGAAAUUCCGCGGUCACCUGGACAACAUCUCCAACAAUAUGCUGAUUGGUGCAGUCAACACUGACAAUGAUGCCGUCAACAAAGUCAAGAAUCUGCUGACAGGAGAUUUCGGAGGUGUGCCUGAUGUGGCCCGCCACUACAAGGCCAAUGGAGUGAACUGGGUGGUGGUUGGAGACGAGAACUACGGAGAAGGGUCCAGUAGAGAGCACGCUGCCCUGGAGCCUCGGCACCUUGGAGGACGCGCCAUCAUCGUCAAGAGCUUUGCCAGAAUCCACGAGACUAACUUGAAGAAGCAGGGCCUGCUGCCUCUGACUUUUGCCGACCCCAGCGACUACGACAAAAUUCGCCCUGAUGACAAGAUUUCAAUCACUGGGCUGAAAUCCUUUGCUCCCGGCAAGCCCCUGACAGCAGUGAUCAAGCACAGCGAUGGCAGCCAGGUGUCCAUCUCUCUAAACCACACCUUCAAUGAGACGCAGAUCGACUGGUUCAAGGCUGGCUCUGCUCUCAACAGGAUGAAGGAGCUCCAGUAAUUGGUGGAGAGGAGGGAGGCGGGGCCUGUGGGGGGCCAUCGAGGGACCUUGGAAUGGGUUAAGAAAGGGAGAAAUGUUGGCCUAGAGAGGGGCUUCGCAAAGAGGAAGAGACGAUGUGAACGGUAGAUGGUAACCAGACUUGUUGGUUGAUGGACAGCUGUAGUCAUGCUCAGUAAAAACACACACACACACACACACACACACACACACACACACACACACACACAAGGUCGCUGUACAGAUGAAAAGCGCACACACAUACACACGAGCAUAUACAUGCACAGACAGGAUUACUGUAAAAGCACUUCGACAGGCAGAAUUACACAAACGCACUCAAACAAGUGCACAUAACCGAAGCUUAGCAGUGUGUGUGUGUGUCUCUGUAAUAGGCAGCAUCGUUCGUACUGGCAGCACUCCUCAGUUUAAAAUCAGGUUUGUCAAGCUUAGUGGUCGAUUGUUACCCUGCAGCGUUUGCUAAAUGUUUCAUACACAGACGCUCAUCUUUCUCUAUUGAACAGUUUAUUAUCCUAAUGUUGUGAAAAUACAGCCUGGUGGAAGCAUUAACAUAAAGCAUAAUUUAUUAUCACGUACACUGUAUACCAUCUUUAAUGAGUCAGACCCUGGAUUAAUGAAGUUAGUUGCAGAAUAUCAAAUAAAAUUGGCGAAGCAGUGACGAGUUAACCAACAGCUUCCUGCUUUAAAAUACGAAACUGCAAAAUCCACCCCGAGACCAGACAGUUGUUAUCAGUCAUACCUCCUACGUCAUGUUUGUUUCAGUAGUCUCCAUCCAAACAGCUCAAUAAGCUCACUGAAUUGUGCAACUUGCAUGAAUGUACUUUUCCUUCAUUAUCUCCAGACGUGUCACCUGAAAAACAUCUGUCCCACGUGUUCUCUAUAAUUCUACAUGUAUAUUCUCCACUAAACGACUUGAACAUGCGUUUCCUCACUAAUUGUAGUUGGGAGCCACACUGUAAACAAAAUACCAGGCACACUUAUUUACUGUAAGCGGCAUUAUUGAAAUCCCAUGGCCACAGUACAACUACAGCCCAUUCACUCAGUCUGAGAUCUUGUGUGUUUUUCUGCUGCUCUUCUAUUGCUUGCUUACUCGUUCUCUGUCUUUUUGCAUGAUAUAAGACCCCAUUGUGUGAAAACUCGGGACUGGGACGACAAACCACACAACACAUAAUGCCAUUGUGUUAGCGCUAGCCUUGCCAUUUUUUUUUCUUUCCAUCUGCGUUUUGUCCUGUGUGUAUGUGUGUGUUGUGCAUGAUUAUUUUUUAUCAGGGUUAACAUCGGUCUGUGUUCGCAUCUGUGUGUCCCUCUUUGCUCAUCCUGUUUCUCUUGUUCUCACCAUGCAGUCCAAACCACAACCUGAUAUGUUUGGGUUAAUAGGCUGAAAUCAGAUUUAUGUUGUUAGACUUCACAACUACACUUGGCAAGAUAUUUAAUGUAAAUUCUAAUGUGUGUGGUAUAGACACAGGAAAUCUUCCGUGCCCAGAGGAAAUUGCAGCAUAACCGUGUCAUGAAAAGUCUGCCACGAUAUCCAGAGAAAGCUCUUCUCUUCUAUAGUAGGUCUUUCGUCUCAUUAUCCCAAUUACAUCCCCUGGAACAAAGCUUCACAGACGUUUUGUUAUCGUGGUUUCUCUGUGUCUCUCCUCACUAUCAUCUGGAGUUGCCAGCGUGUGAAAUUGCCUUGUGUAGCUGUAAUGGGAGAUGAGAGGCUGUCCUUGUCUUAUGACUUAAAUGUUUUUUUUUUCAGGUUGAGGUUUGGUCCUACGUAGCAUGAGAAGGCCUGCUGUCUUGAUACACAAAGCAACGCACAAUCUAGUGUCCAGAUGCCUGUACACUAGCACUUUGUAGAGUUGGGGAAGUAGUUUUAGGGGUGCUUUGCCACGCUUCAUUUUAUCCUCUGCAAACAUUUCACUCUUCAGCGCACAUCUCGGUUGUGUGUGUGUGACUAUAGGACUGACAUACAACUUGUAAUAUUCAUUGUUGAUACGCAAGUUUUCAGACAGUAGAAAUUCAAGUGAAUUCUUUAUUGGUAUAAACCAGAGUUUUACCAUGAUGUAUACCCCUAGUGUGCACUAAUGAAACAGUCUGGUUAGAUAUUGUUGUGGGCAUAGGGAUGUUUGAUGUCAUUGCUGCUAUGUUUUAUGUGGGAGUACUGCUGGUCUUCUGUGUUUAGCUCUUAUCAUCAACCAGACAGUCUAUAAAUCCGUUACUUCUUCUUUCUGCUGUCUAGGAAGUAAAAACACUUUGGAUUAUUACAGUUCCUGAGGUCAAUCCCUAUGUACUAAACAAGUUACUAAGUUUGGACCUGUGUGUAAAUGUGUGAUAUAUAGCUGCACUUUGUAUAGGGGUGUGUACAUAAAUGAUAAAUCAUUAUAUAGAUAUAUAAACUGAGAGAGAGCGAGAUCAAGGAUGAUGUAUGCUAGCUAUGCUUUCUAAAUGAGAGCCGCUAACUCUGUUUAUGAUGACUUGUAACAUAAUGACAUGGUAUAGAGUCCCCUCUGUUGUCUUCAUUAAACUGAAAACCCAUUAACCUAGUGGUUUCACAAACCAGUCUUGGAUUGUGAGUUAAAUUCCAGCACAGAUAUUGGAUUGUAGCCGUCAGUUACUGCUGGACUUUGACAGCGAAAAGGUUCUUGUCAUUUUUAGGAAGGUGACUCAUGAUGGUUUUGUGUAUUUUUUUCUUAAUUUUUUAGUUUAGUUUCAAACUGUUUUCAGGGACACAGAUGAUUUGAAAUAGCAGCAGCGCAACUUUAAAGACAUGUUGGACAUGAAUGACUCCCUGUAGGGGUUAUCUGUUCACUCAACGGCUCAACACUUUGAGAAUCAUCAUUUAUUUUUUGCCCCUCAUAAAGUUUGUCACUUUGAUGGUUAAACACUCCUCACCAGUGUGUCAGAUUUACUGCCAAAGAUGCCUAAUGAAAAUACUGAGAUGUUGAGAAGUAAUGGUUAUCCAUAGCCACUGUAUUUGGGGAAAUCACACAUUAUUAUAUGAUCUUUCAAAUAAAUCACCAUGUCCAUAAUUAUUUGAUUACACACAGGGAGCUGCUUCGUACACGUAUUCGUGAAAACAUCUUGGGAAAUACUGAUUGAUUGACCAUCCUUUGUUCUCUGUCAGCACAUUUAAAACAGCAGUUUGCUUAUACUGUACUUUGAUGUAAGAUAAUACUUUGUUGUUCACUGGUUCCUUUGAGUUUUAAAAGCGCUUUUGUAAAGUGACAAAUCAAAAUGAUGUUCAUGAAGGCAUGCCUACUGUGUCAUUUUGUACUCAGGUGUGCUUGGUCAGGCUUCCCUCUGAUGUGUUUGAAAUCAAUUUUACAACAUGCUAUUUGUUCAGACACCGCAAAUAAAUAUGGAAUAUGAACAGAUGUUUUCUCAUAGUGAUGAUUCCCCUUACACUCCGGUUUCUGCAUUCAAAUCUGACUUUGUUAAAGUAGAUGAUUGAAAACGCCUGCAGUUUUAUUGCUUGAGAGAUUUAAAAUAUCAAUAUCAUCAAUUACAAAAUGACUGGUUAAAUUACUAAAGAUACAAUUCCAAA